AUGGAGGUUGAUGGACUUGAAAGGAGUAUAGAAGAUAAUGCUAGAUUGUUAAAAGAGCACACACCAAGUCUUGGAACUGAGUUUGAGUCAGAGGAAAUUGCAUAUCAAUUCUACAAUAAAUAUGGAAAAAUUAUGGGAUUUAGUAUUAGAAGAGAUUACCAUACGAAAAGCAAGAAAGAUGGUAUAAUGGUUAAUAGAAAGUUUGUUUGCUGUAAACAAGGAGAAAAAGAUAAACGAAGUGAAAUGGUAAAACAACCUCGACAAGACACAAGAACUAAUUGUAAAGCAUUCAUGUAUGUCUCUUUAGAUCGGGAAUUAUCAAAAUGGGUUGUUACAAAGUUUGAUGAUACCCAUAACCAUAUUAUGCAUCUUCCUCAAUGUGCUCAUAUGAUGCCAUCUCAAAGAAAGGUUUCUGAAGCUCAAGGUAUAAAUAUGGAAUUAGCUGAUGCUACUGGUUUAUCACUCAAAGCAUCACAUGAUCUCAUUAGUACUCAAGCAGGCGGGAAGGAAUUUGUAGGAUUCACGCGAGAAGACCAAAAGAGCUACUUGCGUAUAAAAAGACAGAGAGACUUGCAAUAUGGUAAAGCAGGUACUUUGUUGAGAUAUUUUCAAAAGCAAGCUGCUAAUAAUCCAUAUUUUUACUAUGCAGUUCAAUUGGAUGUUGAUGAAAUGAUAACCAAUAUUUUUUGGGCUGACCAUCAGAUGAUUAUAGAUUACGAAAAUUUUGGGGAUGCUGUUUCAUUUGACACAACAUUUCGAACAAACAAAGAGUAUCGAACAUUUGCUCUUUUUACUAGCUUUAACCAUUUUAGAAUGACAAUGAUUUUUGGUGCCGCUUUACUAUAUGAUGAAACCACAGCAUCAUUUGCGUGGUUAUUUGAAACUUUCUUGCAUGCAAUGUCGGGAAAAAAGCCCAGUACUAUUUUAUAG